CUGGCAACCCCGAUCAUGGUGGGCAAGGAGGCUGCUGUGGUCAUGGCACUAAACAAAGUCAACUCAUCUGAGUUUUCCAGACAAGAUGAGGAGGUCUUUUCCAAAUGCCUCAGCUUCGUUUCUGUCAUCCUAAAGUUUCAGCAUACCAGCUACCUGUACAGUGUUGAAUCCCGGAGAAGCCAGAUCCUUAUGUGGUCAGCCAAUAAAGUAUUUGAAGAGCUCACAGACGUUGAGCGACAGUUUCACAAAGCACUGUACACAGUUAGAACAUACCUGAACUGCGAACGAUACUCCAUUGGACUGCUGGACAUGACCAAGGAGAAGGAAUUCUACGAUGAAUGGCCAGUCAAGCUUGGAGAAGUGGAGCCUUACAAAGGUCCAAAGACACCAGAUGGCAGGGAAAUCAUUUUUUAUAAAGUCAUUGAUUACAUUUUACAUGGAAAAGAAGAGAUCAAAGUGAUUCCGACACCUCCUGCAGACCACUGGACACUCAUUAGCGGGUUGCCAACAUACGUUGCUGAAAAUGGAUUUAUAUGUAACAUGCUGAAUGCCCCUGCGGAUCAAUACUUCACCUUUCAGAAAGGACCUGUUGAUGAAACUGGUUGGGUCAUUAAAAACGUCUUGUCCCUGCCAAUUGUCAACAAGAAAGAAGACAUUGUGGGAGUGGUGACGUUUUACAACAGGAAGGAUGGCAAACCCUUUGAUGAGCAUGACGAGCACAUUACAGAGACUCUUACACAAUUUCUUGGAUGGUCUCUUUUAAAUACUGACACCUAUGAGAAAAUGAAUAAGCUAGAAAACAGAAAGGACAUUGUUCAGGAAAUGCUUAUGAGCCACAUCAAAGCCACUCCCGAGGAAAUCAAAUCUAUUUUGAGAUUUAAAGAGAAGUUAAAUAUGGAUGCAAUUGAAGACUGUCAAGAGAAACAGCUUCUCACAGUGUUGAAAGAGGACUUGCCAGACGCUGAGGCCGUGGACCUAUACGAAUUUCACUUCAGUGACUUCCCCAUUACAGAGCACGAGUUGGUUAAAUGUGGCCUACGACUGUUUUUCGAAAUAAAUGUGGUGGAGAAAUUCAAAGUGCCUGUGGAGGUUCUUACCAGAUGGAUGUACACCGUGAGGAAAGGGUACCGCUCCGUCACUUAUCACAACUGGCGACACGGAUUCAAUGUGGGGCAGACCAUGUUUACUUUGUUGAUGACAGGAAAACUAAAGAAAUACUACACGGAUCUUGAAGCUUUUGCCAUGCUUGCUGCUGCUUUCUGCCAUGACAUUGACCACAGAGGCACCAAUAAUUUGUACCAGAUGAAGUCCACAUCUCCACUAGCAAAGCUUCAUGGGACUUCCAUUUUGGAGAGGCACCACCUGGAGUACAGUAAGACUCUCUUACAAGAUGAGAGUUUAAACAUUUUCCAGAAACUGAACAAACGGCAGUUUGAAACAGUUAUUCAUUUGUUUGAGGUUGCAAUAAUAGCAACUGACCUGGCUUUAUAUUUCAAGAAGAGAACCAUGUUUCAAAAAAUUGUUGAUGCCUGUGAACAAAUGCAAACUGAAGAAGCAGCCAUCAAAUACGUCACCACUGACCCAAUCAAAAAGGAGAUUAUCAUGGCAAUGAUGAUGACUGCGUGUGACUUGUCUGCUAUAACCAAGCCCUGGGAGGUACAGAGUCAGGUAGCACUUCUGGUUGCAAAUGAAUUUUGGGAACAAGGCGAUCUGGAGAGAACUGUGCUGCAGCAACAACCUAUUCCUAUGAUGGACAGAAACAAAAAAGAUGAACUACCUAAACUUCAAGUUGGAUUUAUUGAUUUUGUUUGUACUUUUGUAUACAAGGAGUUCUCACGGUUUCACAAAGAAAUCACACCUAUGCUGAAUGGCCUUCAGAAUAACAGAGUGGAAUGGAAAUCCCUGGCUGAUGAGCAGGAGGCAAAGAUGAAGGUAACUGAAGAGGAGGUGAAAAAGCAGGAAGAAGGAAACAUGAUUGGAAAAGCUGCUGAAGAUUUAGGAGGUGGUAGUGAUGACAAAAAGUCCAAAACAUGUUUAAUGUUGUAAUAUAAUCCAACUGGUCCACACUUCAAAUAUUGUCUUAGUUUCUAAGAAAAACAGAAAACACUCAGAAGAACUUCAGGAAACCUCAUUCAGCAACCCAAAUCAAGUAACAGAACAAAAGGUUCUUCAGAGAGACUAUCCUGUGACUAUCAA